UGUUAAAGUGUUAGUGAAGUGUAAAUUGAGUGAGAAAAAUCGUAACGUAACUUUUUUCGUGCCAGUAUCGUAUUUCGAGCAAAAUAUUAAGUGCUUUCAAUGCGAGAAUGAAUACAACGAUGAAACCAGUGCAGUGUGAUGGUUACAAAAGGAAUGUCUGUGUGCAAUGCAGUAACUCGAAGAGUAGUGAGGUGCGUGUCAUGGAGCUAAAAGGGAAACGCACACUCCUGUACUUGUGUCCCGCAUUUCGAGUGGCCCUAUUCCAAGUGCCUAAGCUCAUCAAAUCCUACGGUGGACUGUGCGGACUCGAUGAAGCAAAAAAGCGGCUAUUAAAAACCACCAAUAUAGCCUCGCCGGAGGUAUCAGUAGUUAACACAUCCCCAUCUGACACCAAUGCUAUAAUGGAGGAAAUCCUGGAACGUGAGCGCAGAGCCAGCAAUGUGAUUUUGGUGGGUAUUAAAAAAUGUAUCUCUGAAAAUGGCAGCGACCGAAAGACACACGAUGAAUCAACUGUAAAGAAGCUUUUAUUGGAUAUGAACAGUGGAGGCGACUGCUCGCAUAAAGUGAUGACUGUGCAACGCUUGGGACGUCGUGAAAAUGGCAAAACCAGACCUAUAAAGGUGGUACUUUCUUCCCGCCAAGAUGCGGUCUGGAUACUUAAGAACAAAAGUAAGGCCAAAAUGGAGGUAAGAAUUUAUGAUGAUAAAACACCUAAGCAGCGUGAACAACUUAGAGACUCUUAAAACUAGUCAACAACUUAGAGACUCUUAAAACUAGAGUAGAGAAGGGGGAAACUAACCUCACAAUUAGAUAUGUGAACGGUGUACCUAUAAUUGUAAACCAAAAAAACUAAUCAACUAUAAUAGAAAUCCGUACACUGACCUUACAUAUAUGUACACUAAUUUGUUUUCUUUACCGCCUAAAUUUGAUCUGUUACUACUCUCUGUAAACUCAAAAAACCAACUUUCGUUAUUCUCAUGGAAACAUGGUUAAACAGUAAAGAUCUCAACAGUACAUAUAGUAUACCGGGCUACACUUUGUUCAGACUAGACCGUAAACUUAUGAAAAAUCAUUUUCAAAGCAAAACCAGAGGUGGAGGUGUGGCAAUGUAUGUUAGAGACAACUUAAAUGGGAUACCUAUAUUUGUUAGACAUAAUCAGAAAUACAUGUGUGAAGAUGUGAAAGAAGCUCUUUACCUAGAUGUUCAGAUUAACACCUAUCACUUUCUACUGGUAGUAGGGUAGGGUGUAUCGACCUCAUGUUAUAAACGAAGAGACAUGGAGAGCAUGUGACACCAAACUGUGGACAAACCUUUUGGCAGCCUCGGAAAGCAAUACUAUAAUCAUUGCUGGUGAUUUUAAUUAUCCCACUAUUAAAUGGCCAAUUCUCAUAGAUCACCACCAAAUAGGGCAAGCAGGACUUUUUAAAGACAUGUCUGUUAGCGGUAAUCUCUUCCAACUUGUUAAUAGUCCUACAAGGUUCCAGCAGAAUCAGGCUCCCUCACUU